UCUUAUGUUGUCAACUUGGCUAUCGCACUAUGGCUAUGGUUUUUCGUAAAAAAUCUCCGAAAUUACUACAACAGAUUUAUUCAAUUUGGAUUUAGACUUUUAUGGUCGAGAUAAAUGCCUUGGAAAGUUGUUGAAGCAGAAAUACCCGAAGAAGAGGCAACAGUAAAUCUGUUAAGAGAACAACAGAGCUCUGCCUUAUACAAAGUCGAGGAGCUUGCCAGAUUUGUACCUGACAAUGAAGAAGAAAAAGGCGAGCCCUUGGUUUCAAACAUCGCUGUGUCUUCCGCGGGAAUAGCGUUGUCAAUCUUUAAUGAAAUUUUUAUCUUUGAUGGAGAGCAUUUCACAUAUGCAUCUACUAUUUCUUUCGAAAGUUAUGUCGAAGUUAUGGCAUGGUGUCCAAGCUCACAAUUUCUCGUUAUUGGUGACAAUUCGGGAAGCGUUCAUUUCUUUUCGUAUGUUCUGGGUAGUGUUAUACACACAACCACUCUGACCGAUAAAACUAAAGAGCAAGUUAGAUGUUUCGCCCAUUGUGUGUUUAGGAAAAGUGAAAAUGAGGAAACUGUGAAUUUGACAAUUUUAUCUUAUCACGGAUUGGUUUUGGUCUUCAAAAAGCUUCCUUUGCCUGAAAUAUCAAGAGCACUUGAAUUGAACGAUCAUGCAUCGUUUGACGCAAUAAAGGAAAACAUUGUGAUGGAAAGUUUUAGUGUUGCAGAUGUUCAUCCAAACACAUAUUUCUGCACUCCAAGUCAUAACUUUUUGUGUAUUGCUGGGACAGGAGACGUACCAAUUACCGUUUGGGACGAUCAGAUCUUUAUUGACAUGAUCGAUAAACACCUUUUGAAUAAUUGUAAGGUUAUAAAAUGUGAAGUCACUGCAGAUGGGAAUUACUUGCUUGUUUUACAUGAAGAGUCGACACUAAGUGUUUUUGAUGCUCAAGCAUUGAUAGUUUUAUCAACUUAUGGCCAUGGAGUAAAGGAUUUUCUCCUAACAUCUGGGUCCGCGUCAGGUGAAAGUUUCAGCCAAGUUGUCGUGUUAGAUGAGACCGUCGAUGGAAAACGUAAAAUCGAAAUUUGUCGGUUGCCUGAUUUUCAAAAUGUAUAUUCAAAAGAAAUUUCUGGGAAUUGCUAUCUUGGUAAUUCAAACUUGCAGGAGAACAUACAUUAUAUGGAAGACUGUAACUUCAGGUUAAAUAACAAGGACGUCAAAGGGCUGACACUUAAAUGUCUUUCGGAAGCAUCGCCUGAGCAUCGCAUUUACAGUUUGGUUCGCAAAAAGAAAUUUGAUGCAGCAGUACAAUUUUCAAAAGUUUUUGGCUUAGAUUCAGAGUUUGUUUAUAAAGCAAAGGCCAGUUCAAUAGUUGCUUCCGUAUCUUCAAAGACAAAUGAAAAUGAUUCAGUUGACGAAAAAGUAUUGUUGGUGAAUAAUCUUAUAGAUGAUCUGGAAGAAACCCUUCAAAAUUUAGUGAACAUUGAUUUCAUUGCUAAAUGCUGUUUAGCAGCUUCUCCACCUAACCUACGCCAAACUCAUCGAAUAUUGUGUAUUGCAAAAGAUCGUAUAAGUAAGGUAGCAAGUACAGAGAGAAACGAACGUAACAGAGUAUUAAAUGAAGUUCUCUUUACACUAAAUCGUUUAGAGACUUUCCAAAUGGUUUUUGGCGAGUCUAAAUUCUCUUCACCCAUAUGGCGCAGUUUUUCAAAGGGUGAUAUGCUGCAUAAAGUUACACAAGCACUGAGUGAAGGAAAUCUAUCGACUGCUGCUAUAAUUUGGGUGCGCCAUCAUUUUGAGUUUGAACUUCAUUUUACAUCGGAGAAGUUACAAUCUAUCCUGUCGUCUCUUAGAAUCGACAUUUCAUCAUCAAGUAUAGUGUCAUGGUUGAAGCUUUAUCUCGUUCCUUUUGUCAUCGGUUCAAUCAAUGAUCGUAGAGCGUUAUAUGUUUUGGCUUCUUGGAUAGAACAACGUGUUGUGUCUUUGGAAUUAUCUGAAAUGGAAAAUUGGCCCAUGAAUGGAAUUGCUAUGGCGCGUGUUUUGUUGGAUAUCUGCAAAGACAAAGAGUCAAGUUACAGUUAUCUUGAGUAUCCAACAUCUGUCGUUAUAAAUCAGGAUUACGGAUCAGCUCUUGUUCGUGUUUCAAUGAGCGAUAGCCAACCCAAUCCAGUAUCCUCUUUGGCAAAGUUAAUCGAAAAUUUGAACGAACUCAUGAAACUUAAAGUCAGUUACCAGUGUAAACUUCCAUUGGCAGAGUUCACUAACAAAACACCAACAGAAAUAAUGUUCAAGAUGCUAGAUUGUGUGAUGGUUGUGUCUUUGAUUCCCAAUGUAAUAAACAAUCAAAUCGCGCAAUAUGGAUUGCAACAUGGUUUUUGCGUCGAUGAAGUUCUCGUCAUGUAUAUCAAUAAAAAAAGAAAGCAAGUUUUUUCAUCUGGCACAUCAAACACUUUGCACGAAGAUAGAUUUGUUGAAAUUACCAAUUGCAUCAAAGGAAGAAGCAAAAGGUUGGAAGCUAUUCUGUUACUUAUGUCUUGGGCUUCUGUUCCUUGGUGUAGUUCAGUUAACGAAAUGGUAAAUACGGCAAUGUUACAAGAUCCAUCCAACUCUCAACUGAUAAUGGGAUAUCACUUGAUGGAGAUGAAAAAGAUGCUUAAGGUGUAUGGCAUAUGUAAUGUAGAAUUAUCUUGUGAUCUUCACAUGAAAAACGUCAUUCGUUACAUACUUACGACAUCGCAUGAGACGGCUUUACAGGAUUCCUUACGAAUUGUAGAGAUUUAUCAGUGCAUGUCAGUAAACGAUGUUUAUGUGACAAGACUCAGAAAUUUAUGCUUGAAGGGUCUUUCAAAUGAGUGUGCCACAUUGCUGGUUGGAAUUGAUGAGUUGCAUCUCGUGUCUGUUGUUCAGUAUUUUCUGAAGUGGAUUAUACUGGUUGUUGAUAUUUAUGAGGAUAAUGAGUACGACCGAAAUGAGCGGCAGUUGGUCAUUGAGGCUGGUAUUCACACAUUGGAGUUUCUUGAAAAUACUGGUCUUGCUACUGAUGAACUAAAAACCACUCAUAAAACAUUGAAAAACAUACAUGCACUUGAACAAGAGUUCUCAGUUUUCAUUUCUUAUGGCGAAUACCAAUACGAUGACUUACGACAGAACGCUUUGGAUGUCUAUCUGGAAAAGUACAAUGCAUGCUUAUUGAAAGUGUUCAAAGCAAACAAUGAAAACCAACAGGAAAUAGAUCAACUUUUUCGAUUGGCUAAUUUGUUUGGUGUCUCACGUGUUCUUUUGCUGAGUAAGAUAUUGCUUUUGUACCCAAAUAAUUUGAACCCUGAGACGAAUAUCAUAUUUGCUGAAUGGUAUAAACUUGGUUUUGGUGAAAUAUCUUUUGACGACAUCAUGGCUUUAUGUCAUUCCCAUGUACAACAUUGGGUUUCCACAGAUGACUGUGUCACAAAGAAAUUUGAUACAACUCUGCAUGAGUUAACGAGCCGUCUUGUUACAAAUUGUGAAACUAAUCAACUUGAUGAAUCCUUAGAGCUGUGGAAAAUAUGUUGGCUUUCAACAAUCUUCUUUAAAAGUUGUGAUAACGGUGAUCUUUGUCUAUCGUCGUCAGUUUGCGAAGAAGGUCUUGUUGCGAUGUGGAACAAAGCUGGGAGAUUCCAGGAUAACGGUUUCGUUUUGGACCUCAAUACCUCAUUUCCUUUAUUCGGCAGUUACGUUAAAGCUUCUCUUACGGGCAGUAAGGAUCCAAAGAAACACCUCGGGUAUCUUUUGGAUGUCUGUCGAGAUUUAGUUUCACAUUUCGAAGAAAACAAUCUCCACGAACUAGCAUUGCAUUGCUCUCUCUUUACACUGCACAAAUUUCUUAUAUUCGUGACACGUGUUGAUCAUAGUGACCUUGCAAUACAAGAAGACGACAUGAAGGAGCUUCGUGACAUGGCAUUACAUGGAAUUCGGCAAAUUACUUCAAAGUUACUGCUCUUUCUUUCCAAAAUGGUACGUAGCAGUGCCAUUGAUCAAAGUUUGAUUUUUGCUUUCUUGACUUCAAUUCCCGAAGAAGACAUUCUUUUGUCUCUGAAAAACGAUUUUGCCCUCACCAAAGGACAUGACCCAUCAAGAGCUGUUGCCGUAUUUAAUGUGUUUUUGGACUUUGCCAAAGCUUUUUGUAGCGAUGAAGUAGUUGCUGAAGCAAACCUUUUGUACUCGGAUUCUCUGUGGCUUUUGAAGCUUAAAGACCUGGCAAUCAAUGACGGAAACCUUUUGAUAGGAGAAACAAGAGACACCGAGAACAUUCUUAAACUUCUUUUGGAAAAACCUGGCAUUGACGUCAGUCUAAUUAUAGACUUUUGCAACUUGUUUUCCUUGGAUGUUUCCGGGGCUGUUCAAACGUACAUAUCAUCCAAUUUGGCAAUUGUAACACAUAACAUUUGUGGUGAACAAUUCAACCAACUUAAGUACUUUGAAGAAAAUUUUGUUAAAGGUGUUGAAUAUUUAAGAAAGAAUUCAAAAGUUUCUCGAUUGUUGUGUUUGUUGAAAGAAGUUCUUUUUUUGUUACCAAUGUACGAUUACGAACGACUUACUAUUGUGCUUCACGAGGUUCUUAAAAUAUCAAGCAGUGAUGAAAAGGAAGCAAUGGAGAGGCAGCUAGAAGUUUUACGAAUUUUGAAAGAUUAUGCAAGGAUAUCAAAACCAUCUGAUUAUGAACGACACUUUAAAGAAACCAUGUCAGACUUUGGAUUCAAAGAACAAGAUAAUAUUCCUAAAUACAUUGCUACUACUAGACUACCAUUUCAUCCAUUGUUCUAUGGAAAACCAUGGAAAGUAAUAUCACUUGAAUUAAACGAUGAAACAGUUUUGAAACUCCUUCGUCUUUGUCACAUUCUGAAAAUGCAAGAAGAUCAGGUCUAUGUCACAGCGGCCCAGAAUGUUGUCUCGUGUUCUUUGGAUAAUGAAGAAGAAAGUCCGACCAGCAAUUUUGUAACCAAUGGCAACUUCGAAAAAGCAGUUAAUCUUCUUACUAAAGUAAAAAAUCACGAAGUUUCCGUGAAAACAGGUCUGACGAUUAUUUCGAAGUGGCCUCAAUCGGAAGAAAGAGUAAAAGCAGCUCAUUAUUUGGUAAAUGCCGUUGCAAACUUGAAGACAGUUUGUAAAAGUGAUACUAUACAACAUGUCGAUAAAGUCCUGAAGAUCUGCAAAGAUUUGUACCAAGAAAUUUCGAUUCAACAUGUUCUCCAUUGUAAUGGUAUAACGGACGAAGUCUCUUUAAGUUAUAGACGAAAGCCUGCCAAGUUAAUUUUUCAUCUGUAUGAAACAUACGGAUGUGUUGUAGAAAGUAAGCGACCUGAUAUUCAUAAAAUAGCUGACGAAAUAGCUGCAGUCAGCAAUGUAGAUGUAGCUAAAGUCCGCCGUCAUAUACUUGCUACGUGGCAAUCUUCAUCAUCUUCACGUGGCAUGCGAGUGUUGGAAAACUGCACCAAGGAACCACAAUUCAAGGAUCAAGAAAAUCUUCAGCGUGUUGUAUAUCUUCUUCAAGCAGAUUCAUUGCAGAAGAAUGCUCUUUUCUUGCUUAAUUCUGCUUAUUGCCAAGGUCCGUCAAAUAUUACUUACGAAAACCGAGUCAGAGCGAUGAAGUUGCUUUUUAACAUUGCAUCUGAAGAAUUAAUUGAAUUAGUUGCCAAUAAUUCCAUACAUCAUUUAAAGCAAUAUAUGAAAUCAUUGUUUUACCUUUCUGAACUUGAAAACUUGCACCUCAGUCAAACUGUUGAGUCAUUUCAGCGUUGCAAUAAAGAAGGUCUCGUGAAAGGUAUUUGGAAGAAUCACAAAGAUAAUCGCAAUGCAAUACUGUUGAUCGCUGAUAUAUGCCUUGAUUCAGAGAUAACUGAGCCGCAGAUUUGGAAUAAUAUCCUUCGUCAGCUUAUGCGCCUUGGCUUAACGUCUUACCUGAUCAAUCUUUUACCACGCCUUAUGCAAUUUCCGAGUUUGUGGGUCUCAUCAAAUCUCGUAAAAAUAUGGACAGAAAUUGCUGUUAAUUCUUUGCAUAACAUUAUGCCACCUUUGAUAACUCAAGAUAAAAUUUGUUGUCAAAGAUCAUUAAACUUGUUGCAGAAAUGUCCUAUAAUGAUCGAAGUGGUAUCCAUUUCUCUGUUUGACAGAUUGUUAGAACUGGAAUUGCAUUUACAUGCGUUAGCAUGUUUGACUUUACUUCCAAAAGAGCUACAGCUGGAUAAUCUCAGUAGGCUUAUGUCUCGUACCACACCAGAAAAAAUACUGGACUUACUCACUGAAGAAAAGCAAUCAGGACAGUGUUUCGUAGAUACAAGCAUUUCGCAAGCGCUUAUCUUUGAGUACCUUGAUUCUUUGCAGAGAUACGAUUGUGUUCACAAUUCUGAACAAUGUUAUGAGUUUGCGAAUUAUUUGAUCGGUGUAAGGAAUUUUCCUAACUUUAUCAUGGCAAUGAUCAAGUGCGGCAAACUUGACUCAGCGAUGGAGCUGGUACAACAUUAUGAUAUGUACAGUUCUCCUCUAGAAACGGGAAGUUUUCAUUUCGACGAUAAACUUCUUCAACCAGGCUUGAACGUGUUGGUAGUGUUUUUGGAGAAAUUUCAUUUGCUAGAAGAGUCACUCCCGUUUCUGCCUGAGUUUUCCACACGAAAGUCCUUGGAAGAAAAGCAUUCGAUUGACGAAGACGGUGACACAAACAUCAUACCUGACAUGGAAUUAAUGGACUUUUUUUAAGAAAAAAAUGCGUUUUUUUUGUAUUCUUAUACAGUUAUACGUGUAUAUGUAUGUAUACAUAGGUACGUUUUGUUGAAAUUAUGUUGAGUGAGAGUAAAACGGUUUGCUUUGCUCACGCGAAUGUCGCUGUUGAUGGUUCCAAAAAUUGGGAAAAUUCACUUGGGAAAUUCGUGCUUAUUUGCAUCUACGCCUAUUUUUGUGGUCAGCGUAUAUUCGGACAUGGCUAUACAUUCUAUCAUUUGUUUAAGAAUAUUUCAAUUUGGAAACAUAAUUUUGUUUGCAUUAAGUGUUAAAAUAAAUUAUACCAUUAACCAUUUGAA